ACUCGGAGCAAGCUUCAUCGUCUUCGAGUCCCGAGCAGAACGAGUCUGACCGUCGAACGGUGAGGACCAAGUUAUCUAGUUCAGUUUGCGUGCCUUUGUGAGAGAGAGCGUCGCCUUUCCGAGGAAUUCUGACAGAAAAGUCGAAGGAAAUCGAUCGGAGUACCCUCGAGACCAGUCACCGAGGACACCUGUGCACGCGGGAGCGAAGAAAACGGAGCAUCCCGCGUUUUUUUCAAGAACCAGCCAAGAGUCGUUUCUUCAAGAGUCGAAGCGAUUUCCCUGCUCCGAUUCAACUCUGUCUCGAUAUCGUCGAAACAUAAGAAGUUCUCGAGAUGCUGGCAGCUUCGAUCUGUCGCGAAGUUCACUUCACGGUGUUGUCCAGCUCGACCAUGGCCUCGCGCGUACCACGUUGCUUGUUCGGCAAGCCGAAUUCGAGAGAAACCGUGGAAAUGCUGCAGGAGGCUCUCGACGCGGAAAGGAGCAAGUUCGCCAAACGAUGGGGCGUUGAUCCGAGGUCCGAGGACAAGGAGAAUAAUUACCAGAGAAAGUGCAACGACAAGUACGAGCAGUCGCCCAAAAAACGGAGCAAUCCGUACUCUAGACAGACCAAUAUUCAUGAUUAUUGGCGAGCUCGAAAGGUGUGUGACGCGAAUAAAAAGCCUCUCGCAACGUCGAUGGACUCCGCGAAGCAACAGAACGAGAAAUCAACGAAGACGACGAUGAAAUCAUCGAAGAAAGCGGCGCAGAACUGAAGAAAAAUCGCCGCUAUUCCGAAUUCUGUAUAUUUAUUGCCGCUUGUAAAUUAUCGUCGACCAAUGUCCUUCGUUAGAGCGUAUCAAUUGUUAACUAUAAUAUUAUUUUCUGUACAUAUCACAAAUUAAUUUAUGGAGGUUUGGAUGAGCUCACCGAUGCGAAGCGUAGGAACCAAUUUUAUAUUUCUUGCUUUCGAGAAAGGGUAUAAAAAUUUCUCGUAUAAAUAACCCUUUUACGAACGACGUACAUAUGCGUCCCAACGAGGCAAUACGAUAGUGAUCUUCCAUGAAAUUAUUUAUUAAUCAUUAAACGAGGAGUUGCUUUGAAGCAUAAGUGAGCCAUCGAAAGCCUGAAUCGAUGCUUCCUCGAGCGAAGCAACAAUUGCAGCACCUCCAAAGAAUAAUCGAAUACUACAGGUGAAACUCCACGCUGUUUAAUCUCGUCUUCCGAGAGAGAAUGGAGAAAGUCCUAAUGUAUAUCUGACCGUUUAGAAUUAUGGAAAAGAAAGUCUAGUCAUUUAGUUGUUUAAGUGGAAAUUUAAUAAACGAUCGUGCUUUCAUACUACACAUUGUGUCCUCGAUUACCAUUACCCUGUUACGGUUUAUGUUCCUUCAUUGUUCUGUAUUUAAAUAUUGUAUGUACACGGUGUCCUUCGUACAAACUUUGUAUAAUACUUUUGUAAUUAACAUUCGAGUCAAUUUGAAACGUGAACACGCGUAGAUACGUGUCCCACAUACGUCGUACUUUCAUUUGUAAAGCUGGCAAAAUUUAUACGAAACCGUGUAACAUCCUGUAUAUCGAACAACGUUAGGAAAAUGGCCGAGUACAAUAUUUCAUGGUAUUUAAUGUAAACUGAAGAGUUUGAUAGUAUUGCUAGAACUAAGCAAAGGAUGAAAUUGUAUCCUUAAUAGUUUUUAUUAUAGCGUGUCAUGUAGCAUCUGCGGCAGACAAUGUGUUAACUAAGAGUUCGUGUCUUAGUCAUUCGCUACGCUUAAACGUUCGACACGCGAAAGCCGAGAAGUAGUCGAAAAUUAGACAGCUGAGUAAUAUGGACGCCGCUUUGUAACGUACAUUUCGUAACAUCCACCUGGAAUCGUUCCAUGGUGGUCUGUAGCACGUGUGGGGUAAACUAUAGGGUGGAACCGAAAAAUAAUUCCAAUAUGGCUGUUCCACUACCACAGUAAAAAUGGCCGCCUUAAUAAAAAUUCUUAAGGAUACUUUAUUUAUUCUAUUUCAAUUUCCUGUAUUUCUUUGCAAUUCGGAUUGUCGAAUCGUUGCAAAUUUUAAUUUCUUGCUUUCGAGAAUUUAUAUUAAAUCUCUACCGGUGAUCUUUGUAUUAGUCAAUCUUAGUUACCUCGCUAUUUGUAACAUUACGAGCAAUUAAAAUAAAAGAGAAUGACAAAAUUA